AUGCUCCGAAAUCUUACCUCACCCUUCUCAAGAUGUAGGGGAUAUACUUUAAGAGGCAUAGCCUACUCGAGGCCACAGGUCUCGGUUGCUUGGAUGCUGCGCCAAAAGCCGACGGACGCGGCGCAUGCGCAACUCCUAGGGCUUGAUGAAGUGGUCAUCAAUGGCUAUAUCCAAUCCAUCAGAAACCAGAAACAGCGAUCUUUUGCAGCAAUCGGAGAUGGUUCAAGCAUGCAGACUCUGCAGGCGCUACUUACACCAGAGCAGGCCAAAGGAGUAUCGUACGGGAACGCUGUUCGCGUCACUGGAUCUUGGAAGCCUUCGGUGAACCCCUUGAUACAGAGCCACGAGCUCCAUGUGUCUAAAUUGGACUUGAUUGGACCCACAAACACUAGUUACCCUCUCCAAAAAAAAUAUCAAACCCCCGAAUAUCUGCGAACCAUCCCACACCUUCGAACUCGCAUUCCAUUUAAUGCGGCCUUGCUUCGGCUUCGAUCGGAUGCUAUCGCAAUCGUCACAAAGACACUCGCGGAAAUGAACUUUGUGCAAACACACACUCCUAUUAUCACAUCUUCUGACUGUGAGGGUGCUGGAGAGGUCUUUCGUGUUAGUACUUCAUCGAAGGGAAAGCCUAUGGAUCCUGAGGAAGACUUCUUCCGCUCACCAAAAUAUCUGACCGUUUCAAGCCAGCUACAUCUUGAAGCCCUAUCGCAAGCAGCGGGUAACGUCUGGACUCUUUCUCCUUCUUUUCGUGCUGAGAAAAGUGAUACGACCCGGCAUCUCAGCGAGUUCUAUCAACUAGAGGCCGAGAUGAGUUUUGUAGAGUCAAUGGACGACGUAAUGGAAUUGAUUCGUAGCAUACUAAUCCCAAUUGCGCGCGGUCUCAGUACUUCACAGACUGGGCAAGAUCUCCUUUAUGGAUCGGAUCAAAAGGAAGAGUUACGACGCCGCUGGGAUGGGAUUACUCUCGACUGGAAACGUAUCACAUAUACUGAGGCCAUCAAGAACCUCCAGUCUAGUACACACAUCUUCGAGCAUGAGCCCAAAUGGGGCGUAGGUCUACAAACUGAGCACGAAAAAUAUAUUGCACGGAUGGUUGGCGUCAACGCUGGUCAUGUAACUCCUGUAUUUGUCACGCAUUAUCCUCGGGUACUCAAGCCCUUUUACAUGUUAACAUCUGUUAAAAGUGAGGUUGAGUGCGAGACUGUAGACUGCUUUGAUCUUCUAGUUCCUGAUUUCUGUGAAAUUGCAGGUGGCUCGAUGCGGGAGCACCGACUCAAGCCGCUCCUCGCCGCAAUGUUUGAAAGGAAAUUAAUUCCCAACCUUGAGCCUUCAGACGACCAACUACGAGAUCUGAAGUGGUAUGUCGAUCUCCGCAAAUGGGGCAGUGUGCCACAUGGUGGAUUUGGAUUGGGAUUUGAUCGUAUAUUGGGCUUCAUGGCCGGUGUAUCUCACAUCAGAGAAAUGGUAACAUUUCCCAGAUGGGUGGGGCGAUGUGACUGUUGA